CAGUUGUCACCAGGUGCUUUACCUCCCAGGAUGGCGGACAAUCUCCCCACAGAGUUUGAUGUGGUUAUAGUAGGGACUGGUUUGCCUGAAUCCAUCCUUGCAGCUGCAUGUUCAAGGAGUGGUCAGAGAGUUCUGCACGUUGAUUCAAGAGGUUACUAUGGAGGAAACUGGGCUAGUUUCAGCUUUUCAGGAUUGCUGUCCUGGUUGAAGGACUAUCAGGAAAACAGUGAUGAUGGAGAAGAAACAGCAGCUGCAUGGCAAGACCUAAUCCAUGAAACCGAAGAAGCUGUUACUCUUCGCAAGAAGGAUGCAACCAUUCAACACAUAGAAGUUUUUUGUUAUGCCAGUCAGGAUUUGGAUGACAAUGUCGAGGAGAUUGGUGCUCUGCAGAAAAAUCCUUCCUCUGUGGCAUCUAGUACCCUCGGUGAACCUCUGGAUUCUGCAUGUUUGCCCAAAGAAAGGCACUCUUGCAAUACUAACAAUGAAAUGCCUGCCAAAGACACUCCAGAAAGUGAUAAAGAGACUUCACUAGAAGUAAAUAAUGUAGAGGAAACUCUGGAGAAGGAAAAUGAUUGUGGAGAUAAAACUUUUUCUCACACAGUUGUACAUGGAGAUAAAGAUGAAAGCAAACCUAUAGUGGAAGACAACACUGAUCAACUAAAGAGAAAUAGGAUUACUUACUCUCAAAUAGUUAAAGAAGGCCGAAGGUUUAACAUUGAUUUGGUAUCAAAGCUGCUGUAUUCUCAAGGAUUGCUAAUUGAUCUUUUAAUCAAAUCAAAUGUUAGUCGAUAUGCAGAAUUUAAAAAUGUUACUAGGAUUCUUGCAUUUCGGGAAGGAAAAGUAGAACAGGUGCCUUGUUCCAGAGCAGAUGUCUUUAAUAGCAAAGAACUCACAAUGGUUGAAAAGAGGAUGCUAAUGAAAUUUCUUACAUUUUGUAUAGACUAUGAACAACAUCCUGAUGAAUAUCAAGCUUUCGAGCAAUGUUCAUUUUCAGAGUACUUAAAAACUAAAAAGUUAACCCCCAACCUCCAACAUUUUAUACUGCACUCAAUUGCGAUGACAUCACAGUCAUCUUGCACUACAUUAGAUGGCCUUAAAGCAACAAAAAACUUCCUUCAGUGUCUGGGACGGUUCGGCAACACCCCCUUUUUGUUUCCCUUGUACGGCCAAGGAGAAAUUCCCCAGUGUUUCUGCAGAAUGUGCGCAGUUUUUGGUGGAAUCUAUUGUCUCCGCCAUAAAGUACAAUGCCUUGUAGUCGACAAAGAUUCUGGAAGAUGUAAAACAAUUAUAGAUCACUUUGGUCAAAGAAUAAAUGCUAAAUACUUUAUUGUGGAGGAUAGUUACCUUUCUGAGGAAACAUGUUCAAAUGUGCAGUAUAAGCAGAUCUCCAGGGCAGUGCUCAUUACAGAUCAGUCUAUACUAAAGACAGAUUCAGAUCAGCAGAUUUCCAUUUUGAUAGUCCCUCCAGUGGAACCAGGAGGUUGUGCUGUUCGGGUCACUGAGUUAUGUUCUUCAACCAUGACAUGCAUGAAAGACACUUAUCUGGUACAUCUGGCUUGUCCAUCUUCUAAAACAGCAAGAGAAGACUUAGAAUCAGUGGUGAAGAAAUUAUUCACUCCAUAUGAUGAAACAGAAAUAGAUAAGGAAGAACUUGCAAAGCCAGGACUUUUGUGGGCUCUUUAUUAUAACAUGAGAGAUUCCUCUGGAAUUAGCAGAAGCUCAUAUAAUGGCUUACCUUCCAAUGUUUAUAUCUGCUCCGGGCCUGACUGUGGUCUGGGAAAUGAGCAUGCAGUCAAGCAAGCUGAGACACUUUUCCAUGAGAUCUUUCCAAGUGAAGAAUUCUGCCCCCCACCUCCAAAUCCAGAAGACAUUAUCUUUGAUGGUGACGAUAAGCAAUCAGAGACUCCUGGAACCAGUAAUAUAAUAAUGGCCAAAGUGGAAUCUACUGAAGAAAUAAAAAACCUAGAAAGCCCAGGGAAGCACCUUUAAAAUUAGAAAAGAGCAAACUGGAAAUUCCAUUGUGGACCUUCAUCCUGGCAUCAGAAUAUUCUCAUUUAAAGGACAGUUUCCCGUAUUAAAAGUGGUUAUAUGAUAAAUGCUAUGUAUGCAGAUAUUAUCUUUAACUUUCUUUGAGACAUUCAGUUAUUGGAUGUCUUCGUUAGUCUGUCAGUAACUGAUUUAUUGAUUUAGGUUUUUUUGUUUGUUUGUUUUGGUUGCCAAAUAGACGCCAUGAUCCAGAACCUUAAAUGGCAUUAGCUUUAUUUUGGAAUUAGGUACAUAUGUGAGGUUCCAUAUUAGGAAUUGUGCUUAAGGAAAGGUACUAUUGUAUCUGCUAAUGAUCUUUGGAUUUUAUCAUUGUGUACAGAACAAUUAUUAUGGAAUAGUUAAGUACUUUUGGAACUAUUAUUACUAUCACCUCUGCUUUCUGUGGAGAUCUGUUUGAAUAGUGAAACACACACAAAGUAAAUUAUGUGGAUCUUUUGUAUUAUAAUAUAAACAUGUAGACAUGAUGGCAUUGCUACUAAUGCAAAUGCCAAUAAGAUAAAAUACAAUUUGUCUCUGAUUGUUAAAAAGAUUAGCUUUGCAUGAUCCUUUAUUCUUUGUAGAGGUCUGAUGCUUAAAAUACAUCUUGCAAAAUAAUUCAUCAACCUGACCCAUAUAACCAACUGGGGCAGUGAGUGACACCACCACAGGCUUCUACAUUACAAAAAGGGAGAAGUUCAGUUAGUAGUUUAAGAGCUCAUUCUUGGGAGGUUCAUCCCAAAAGGAAUUUAGGGGAGAAGAUUAGUUCUGGUUGAACUCUUAAGAAAAUUUCUACAAAGCCCUGCUCUAGCAGGAAAUUCAGUAGAGACCAACCCCCCAAAAAAGAAUUUCUAGCAAAUAACUCAGACCAAAAGAACAAUUAAAUUGCCCCAGGAAAAAAUACUUCAGAGUGGUUAUUCUGAAAUUCCUAGGAGAAACUAGGAGGUUUUGAAACCAUCUGUAAAUAGAUUACCUGAGGUGUAUUAUUGAGGAUGAAAUCAUCAUCAUAUUGACUUGGCCAGUUUAAUGAGCAACACUGAGUAGAACUGUUGGCAGUGAAUCAAAGGAGUAUCUAACAUGCCCCUUUGGUUGUGUUCCACCCCACAAAUAAUGAGAUAAAAUACCCUUCCUAAUCAAUUCUGCCACCUUUUUGUGAUCCAGAGGAUGGAAACUUUUUUUUUUCCCAGAACCACCAGAAGUCACAAAACUGGUUGUGCUCCAGUAGUGAAGAAGUGUGGAGAUAUCAGAAGAGGUGAACCUCCUCCUUUAGUCUCCAGUUUCCAUUCCUCAGGUAGAGAAGGAUAAUCCUUCAGGAAAUGAGCUGGUAAUGACAAGUUUUGCUUUGGUACAGAGCAUUUAUUGGCACUAAAUAUUGUGCUUUCUCAUUAUAUCUUCUUAGCGGCCCUGUGAGGCAGAUACUAUUGCAUACAUUUUCAAAGAGGAAAUAGAGUUUAUUAUUAAUAAUUUGUGCAGAGUCUGGUAUGUGGAAUAGGCAAGUUUGGAAUUCAGCUUUUAUUCCACAACUCUUGACAUUUCCACUGACUUUCACUACUAGAUGAGUAUAGGUGCUAUAGGAGAAGGAAAAAGUGCCCAUGAAAAUCAGAAUCUAGUAUUACUGGUGAAGACAGACAUUGGGAACCCCACUGGUGUCUCAGCUUAUUGAAUUGGAAACAUGAAGAUUAAGACAUUAAAAUAUAUGUCUGUAUAUUUAGAUUUAUGAAUCUCAAAGCAGAAUUUGGCUAAGUUUUAACAAAAUUGUGUUCUUUAAUAAAGUAAUUUUUGCUCUGAAGAUUGUUUAUAAAAUGUGAAUGUUACUAGGCUAAAAUAUGCACUGAAUAGUCUUGUUGCUCUUCUAUAUUUGAGGAAAAUUACACAAGAAACAUUUAAAUAAUUUACAGCUUAAUGAAAAGAGAGAAGUCAUGAAUUGGCAUUAAUAUUUAUGGCAUUGGGUGGAUCCCAAGGUUUAAACCGAUCAAAACAACUGAAAUGCCUGAAAUAGACCUAAAAACUAGUAAUUAAAAUGAAGACAAUUGUAAGAUGAUAAAUAAAGUGGAGGAUGGAGGUAAUGUAGACCUACUGAAAACUAUCAAAAUGAAUAUAUUACUUUUUAAUUUAAAUGACUACAAAAUAGAAUCAGAAAUAAGAAUAGUUAUAACAAAUAAAAAGCAUUUAAAAAUUUAGGGACUAUUAUCACCUAGUAUAAUUUUCUGCUGAGUUGGACUUUGACCCUUAUGGCCUUAUGCGUGAAUUUUUUCAAAGGUUUAAAGAAUAAAUAAUACCUAGUUAUAUAUCAUGAAAGAUGCACUACCAAUUACAUUUUUUUUUUUUCAGAGACAAAGGACUUUUACUUACAGCCAAAGUCAUAACCAGAGCUACAAGUUGGUUUUUACCAGCUCCCCAUGCUCCCCAUGUCCUACAAGGGCAAGGCCAUGAUAGAUGCCUGCAAGUGUACCGAUUGCAUUUUGAGGCAAAUAUGACCUCCAUACUGAAAGUCAAGCAGAUUUUUUAAAGGUCUCAUUCUGAACAGAUAUGCAGAAUGGAAAAUAAAAUACAGGCAAAUGUUGCAGAAACAAAUGACAAUAUUAUGACUCAGGAUUAAAGGCUGGUGUUCAACACAACAGCUAUUAAAUCAACAUCAACAGAACAAAUGACAAAAAUCCAAAGUAUUAACAACAGAUAACUUUUAAAAUAUCAAUAAAAUUCACCAUUUUUAAUUUAAUUACCUCUAGUAAUGAUUUCAUAGACUUCUCCACUAAGGAUGGUAACUCCUUAAAACCAAGACUAACAUUACCAUUGGGGAAACAUAAGAAAUAUUUCUCAGGGAGAAACAAAGCAAUCUUGGCACCAUUUGUAUUUAUAUGUGGUGAAAAAGCUUGUCACUGCAAUAAAACAUAAGAGAAAGAUAAGGAAGAAAAGUACACAUUUGUGUAAAUACUGCUUUUUCUCAACAACUACGUUUUCUACGUGGUAAAUCUAUUAAUGUAACUUUGUAAGUAGCAAAAUCUAUAAUAUGUAAAUAUACUAGCAAAUAACUAAUUCAAGAUGUUGCAGGAUAUACUACUUUAAAAAUGAAUCUCUGAAUCUUGAGGACAUUAUGUUGAGUGGAAUAAGCCAGAAACGAAAGGACAACUCUUGUAAGGCCUCACUAAUAUAAAAACGAAUCUCAUUUCUAGAGUCUAACAAUGACAAGCCACAAUUUUAAAAAUGUUUGGGUAUUAAUUUAUAUAAGCCAUUUAUAGAAAGUUAUGAAACUGUAUUGGGUAAAUUAAAAAAGAUGCUUAAAUAGAAGCAUAUUGUUACAGAUGGGAGGAACUAAAUUUAAAAGACCAUAGUCUCAUGAGAGACAUCUUAAUGUAAUGGGAAAGUACUAAAUGAAGAGUCCCAAAACCAGAAUAUUAGUCCCUGCAUCUCUAUUUACCAGUUGCAUAAUCUGAUGAUAAAAUUUUAUGUAUCUUACAGUGGUAAAAUGGAGCUUCCAUUUUACCAUGUAUAAAAUAGAAAUAAUUCUUCACAGAAUUUUUGUAAGGAUUAAGUUAGAUAAUGCAUGUGAAAGGACAUGAAAAGGAAUGCUAAUGUGUGGCAUUAGUAUGUAGAUUUACUACAAUUCCAUUUAACAUUCCAAGUGGAUACUUUAUGUAAUUUGGCAGAAUUGUGAUAAAUUCAGCAAAGACAGAUAAUGCCUCUUUAACUUAGGAAAAGAACAACAAUGGGAGUCUUGCCCUUCUAAUCCUCAAAACGUGCUAUUAAGCAACAUUUUUAAAUAUUCUUUGGUGCUGAAUAGAAAGUUUAAGAGUAAUAAAUUAAUUGGAAAGAAAUAUUUAAUAACUGUUCUGGAAAAACCAGCUGAAUAUCACUAUGGAAAAAUAAAUUAGAACCACUCUAUACAUAUACCAUAAUUUGUUCCAGAUGGUUUAAAAUGUUAAAUAUAAAAGUUAAAAAGACUAGACUAUUAUACCAAUAGUGGUACAAAGGAAACUUUAUGGUAAUUGAAAAACAUUAUUGACAAAGAGAAGAGAUUAAUUGAAAGAAAGAUGAAAAAUUGUAUCCUGCACGGGAAGAAGACAAAAGAAGAAAUGGAUAAAGUGCUUAAUAUUUUUUUAGAAAAUUUUCUACUCUUUAUGAGACAAAUUUAUAAACGGAUAUAGUACAGAUGAGAAGAUACAAAUUAAAAUCAAUUCUUAGAAUGAUGUACAGGUUUCCUAAUAUUAAAAAUGAAAAUUAAAACAACUUUGACCUAGUUUUGAAGAAAGUUCAAAAAGUUUUAAAAUUGCCUAUGUCCUCAUACCAGUAGCAUUGUAUAUUAGUAGUCUUAAAAGAGCUAUUGACAAGAAUACAGUAAGUGUUCUGUAGUUGAACUAUCUUUUGCCAUAGUAAUUCCCUUUUUAGUAGUAUAUGCCCAGGACAUAUUUAAAAGAAAAAAAAAAGAUUGUUGUACAAAGAUGUUUCUAGCGAUUUCAUUCAUAAGAGUUUGAAAAAAAAGCCCAGUAAUUGGGAAAUGGAUAAGUAAGUUUUGAUGUAUUGUUGUUGCUAUCAUAGAUUGUUAUAUAGCAUUAAAUACUUGUUAAUAUACGUAAAAUUGUAUGCAAAAAUGUUCAAGUGAAACUCGAAAAUGUUAAUUAAAAAUUGUAUUUACUAAUGAUAUUUACAGAAAAAUUCAGGUCUCUACCUUGAAAAGAAUCAGAACAACAGAUGUAAUUAACUGGACUUUAAGGAGUUCUUAGUCUUUUUUUCUGUAAAGGGUUGAAGUGUGCAAUAAAAAAUAAAAGAAUAAUUAGUAAAGUUA